AAAAAUAAUCAUACCUAAACCAAAAACCAACGAAGAAAAAUGAGAGAAACAACACAAUACAAAGGCCACGUUGUGGUGGUUCCAUAUCCAAGCCAGGGCCACAUUAACCCUCUUCUCCAAUUUGCUAAACGUUUAGCUUCUAAAGGUGUAACGGCUACUUUUGCUACUACCUACUACACGGUCGACUCGAUUUCCGCUCCGAACGUCACCGUUGCGGCCAUUUCCGAUGGCUUCGACGAGGGCGGGUUCGCCCAAGCGAAGGAAGUCGACUUGUAUCUCAAGUCCUUCAAGGCCAAUGGUUCGACAACUCUGUCUCGGCUCAUCAAAAAGUUUCAGGAUUCUGAUUUUCCUGUGAAUUGCAUUGUGUAUGAUUCAUUUCUGCCUUGGGCUCUUGAUGUUGCCAGGGAAAACGGAAUCUUUGGUGCUCCGUUUUUUACGAAUUCGGCUGCGGUUUGUAGCAUAUUUUGUCAGUUACACCAUGGAUUGCUUGAGCUGCCAGUUGAGGUGGGGGAUAAUAAUCCUUUGGUGUUACCUGGUCUGCCUCCAUUGUACUGCUCUGAUUUGCCAACUUUUCUCAAGGUUCCGGAGAGUUAUCCGGCUUAUUUGGCUAUGAAACUGAGUCAGUUUUCUAACUUGGACAUGGCUGACUGGAUCUUUGUUAACACCUUUCAGGACUUAGAAUCCAAGGCAAUAGAUGGCAUAUCGAAACUUUGGCCUGCAAAACUGAUCGGACCGAUGGUUCCCUCUUCGUACUUAGACGGUCAUAUUGACGGUGACAAGGGGUACGGUGCCAGUCUUUGGAAACCACUGGGGGAAGAAUGUGUGAAAUGGCUGGAGACUAAGCAACCUGAAUCAGUCGUAUACAUUUCCUUUGGGAGCAUGGUGUCCUUAACCGUAAAACAGAUGGAAGAAAUCGCAUGGGGCUUGAAGGAUAGCGAGUUAAACUUCUUGUGGGUCGUGAGAGAAUCGGAGAUGAAUAAGAUUCCGAAGGAAUUUAUCGACUCGAUGACUAACAACAAGGGUCUAAUGGUUACAUGGUGUAACCAGCUUGAACUGCUGGCACAUCCGGCGGUAGGAUGCUUCGUGUCGCAUUGUGGGUGGAAUUCAACUCUCGAAGCGCUCAGCCUGGGCGUACCUAUGGUGGCCAUACCGCAGUGGACUGACCAGCUGCCUAAUGCCAAGUUUAUAGAAGAGAUUUGGGGAGUUGGGGUUCGAGGAAAAGAGGAUGAGAGUGAAGUUGUUAGUAAGGAAGAAGUGAUUCGAUGUCUGAAAGAAGUAAUGGAAGGCGAGACGAGCCAAGAAAUCAAGACGAAUGCACGAAAAUGGAAGCAGCUCGCGAAAGCUACGGUUAGCGAAGGAGGGAGCUCCGAUAAGAAUAUUAAUGAAUUCGUGGAGCGUUUAUCUUUUGCUAACAAGAACCCGGAGGCCAAGGUUUCGUACGAGUUUCCUUAGAGUUUGAUUUGAUCACCAAACUCUAAUUUACAUUUUAUGUUUUUCAGUUUCUGUAACAGGCAAUGCAUGUGCCUCUGCUGUAGUGCUCUCUUUAGCUAAAUGUCAUAAGUAUCAGACUGUUCUUUAUUUUCACAUGAAUAAAUCCAGACCUUACACAGCA